CCCGGGCCCUCCUCCACACCCCCUUCCUUCCUUCGUCCCCUCCCUCUUCCCGGCACCCGGACCCCAGCUCUGUAUAAAAGGCCGGAGCAAGGGGUGCCCGCCAGCGCCGAGUGUUAGCACCAUGGAGAGCCCCCGCCUGCGGCUGCUGCCCCUGCUGGGCGCCGCCCUGCUGCUGCUGCUACCUCUGUUGGGCGCCGGUGCCCAGGAGGACUCGGAGCUCCAGCCCCGAGCCCUGGACAUCUACUCCGCCGUGGAGGACGCCUCCCACGAGAAGGAGCUGAUCGAGGCGCUGCAGGAGGUAUUGAAGAAGCUCAAGAGUAAACGAAUUCCCAUCUACGAGAAGAAGUACGGCCAGGUCCCCAUGUGUGACGCCGGCGAGCAGUGUGCGGUGCGGAAAGGAGCCCGGAUCGGCAAGCUGUGCGACUGUCCCCGAGGGACCUCCUGCAACUCCUUCCUCCUGAAGUGCUUGUGAGGGGGCAUCCGUGAACCUGCACCCAUCCCUAACCCCCAAACCACCCAAGAGGACCACACCUUCCUCCCUGGAGUUUGGCUUUAGCGACAAAUAAAGUUUGCAUUUCCCUCUAGGGGCAAGAGGCUCUUUUCCUGCUGUUACCAAAAUAAAAGAGCACAUUAGA